UUGAGAUGAUUAUGCGGCUUUUGACAAUUCCAUUUCGCUGGCAGGUCUGGCCAUCGCUCUGGUCGUUCUUCGCCAAUCUCGUGGGGGGAGUCCAUCUCUUUCAAUUCCAGCUCGGCGAGACAGCCCUCGACAAGGACGUCGAAUCUGCAGGACCACCAACUCCACACGUCCAGCAUAAUGCCAUCGAGCAGUCUGAUGAGACGAUUGUGCACGUGAAAUACCCGCCGAAUUGUAUAGCGUUUGGGUUCUCCGAAACCAUCUGCAAAGUCGAUGAAGAUACUGUUGUCAAACAUCCACAGGUCAUUCCUGACAAUGAUCCAUACAACCUGAUGUUCCGCGACAUGAUCAUGAACGAGGCACUGAUCUACGAGCGACUGGGAAAUCACCAAGGGGUUGUUCCAUACUUGGGGGUCCAUGAUGAAGCAAUCGGUGCGAUCAGACUGGCAUAUGCAAAGGAAGGCGAUCUUGAACAUUACAUUCAAAGUCAUGACAAGCCAUCGGAAACAAUCCGCGCCAUGUGGAUUCCAUCGCUCCUGGAGACAUUCAGGUAUAUCUAUUCUCGAAAAGUCCUCCACCAGGAUGUGAAACCCAACAAUAUCCUGGUCGAUAAUGGCAGUCUGAAGGCCGUGGACUUUGCCAAUAGUGCGAUGUGGGCGUUGGAUGCUGAUAUGGAAGACGUCUGCAGGGAAGAUCCUUUGUCACGAGUCGACAUACUCGGCCUUGGAUAUGAUCGCUGGCCGCAGCCAGAUGAUCUCCCUCCAACAAGCGGCCUACUCUAUGGGGAUAUCAUCAAGAAAUGCUGGUCGGACAGCUAUGGCACGAUCAAAGAGUUGUAUGAAGGCUUUAUUGACCUGAGCGGGGAGGGUGAAUCGAUGUCAUCAAGCAGCUCUUGGGCCAUAUCAUGAUUUGAGGGAUGAAUCUAAUCCCAG